AUGGCAAAAGUUAUUAAUGAGAAAAUACACCUGGCUGUAGUCAGCCCCUGGCUAUGCGCUGAUGCUUGGGGCAAAACUUCCAGGAAUGUGGGCAGGCACCGGCGUCCAUCCUGGAGAAGUCCCCUCGAGGCACAGUUCUUUCCCAGGCAGCCGGACAGACCUGUCAGCCUUCUCUCUGCCUGCUUCCCAUCACCUGCCUCAUCCCCUUCGGGGUGGGCGGGGCCAUGGAGAAGGGGAUCUGCGGCGACCAAUGGGCUUCGCGGAGGAGGAGCCGGGGGCGGGGCGAAGCGAGCCUGGCUGGGGACGCGGGAGGGAAAGGGGGUUGGCAGCCCGGUCAAACGCGCCUCUGGGAGCCGAGCCGCAAGAGAGGCAAAAAUGAGAGACCGACUCUUUGAACUUUACGAGCAAGCUAGGUUUUACAACCAACAUUCUUCUACAGCUGUGGACAAUGUGCAAUCCUCACACGAAAAUCUACUAUUUGAGACGGAUUAUGCCUUAGCAAGUCUUUACAAAGACAUUCAAGGAAUCCGAACAAACAAUCACCAUCUGAAGGAAGAUGUCAGGAGGCUGGGUAAACAAAAUACUCGCUUCCUAACAUCUAUGCGCCGCUUCAGCAGCAUAAAACGUGAUGCAAACUCAAUAGCUAAAGACAUCAAAGCCCGUGGUGAAGAUAUCCAUAGACGACUGCAGGUCUUGAGAGAUUUCAGUGAAGAUGCAGAAACCAAAUAUGGUUCAAAUUCAAUCAUCACCCGCGUGUCAAAGGAUCACUACGUAGAUCUUAUGCAUGCAUUUCAGGAAGCCAUGUUUGAAUACAACAAGAUUGAAAUGAACCAGCGGGAAAACUGCAAGGUGAGGAUCCAGCGGCAGCUAGAGAUCAUGGGCAAGGAUGUCUCUGGGAACCAGAUCGAGGACAUCAUUGAGCAAGGCAGGUGGGAUGUUUUCUCUGAGAACCUUCUGUCUGAUGCAAAGGGAGCUCGCUCAGCCAUGAAUGAGAUAGAGACACGGCAUAAAGAGCUGAUGAAGCUGGAGUCUCGGAUAAAAGAAGUCCACGAACUCUUUAUGCAGGUAGCCUUGCUUGUAGAAGAACAAGCUGACACCUUUGAUAUUAUCGAACUCAAUGUGCAAAAGGUUGAAGAUUUUGUUGGAGACGCUAAAGGGGAAGUGAGGAGAGCUCUUGAGUACAGGCGGAAACAUCCUUGCCGAACAAUCCUAUGCUGUUGUUUAUCGUGCCUGAAAUGUUGACUUUUCUUCUUUAAGACAAUAAGAUCAGUGUAAUAGGGCACAUUAUAUUACACUUACAGCUUGCGUCAAUUUCAUUUCUUUUGUUGACUUAAUUAAACCUAUCCGUUUAUACCAAAAGCAAAAGCACAUAGGAAGUGAUGAUCUGCUUCAGAGUAACAGAAGGUAAAAUUUGCCUCCCGGCCCACAUUGCUAGCACGGUUUCAGACACAGUGGUGUUAUAUACAAAAUCUUGGGAAUAUAGAUGAAAUGAGUAAUAAAUUGUUUACAAAUUAGCACUUUCAGAGCAAAGAAAAAUAAGAUAUCAUGAAGUUAAUAAUUUGACCUGGAAAAAAGUGAAUUUUAGAUCCAUAAAUUGAUGCAGUCUGGAUACUGCAGUCAGGGCAACUAUCCUCAGAUUUUUGAUAUAAUUGUGUUGUAACUAUAAAAA